AUGUCCCUGAGUGGCAAUGAGAGCCAGUCUUCUCCAUCAGCGACAGCUCUGCCUUUGCCCUUCAACAGCUCCACCGCUCCACAUUCCCUGCCAUGGGAGGAGGAAAGAGUCACUCAUGAUUCUGUGCUGGAGUGGUUGGGGAAUAAGACGCUGUUCCUCUCAGACCUCGCUGUUCUCGGACACGAUGAGCAGUGCCCAAUGUCUGCUGUCCUCACAGCGUGUUUGGUGGUGUGGUACAGCAUGACAAUGGUUCUGGGGCUGGUGGGGAAUAUCGGCCUCAUCUGCAUCAUUGUCCGACGCAGAGAAAAAGUCAAUGUCACCAGCAUUUUCAUCUGCAACCUGUCAUUCUCUGACAUCCUGGUGUGUGUCUUUUGCCUCCCGUUCACUGUCAUAUACACGCUAAUGGACCACUGGGUGUUUGGGUCGCUGUUAUGCCGGCUUGUGCCGUUCAUCCAGUGUGUGUCUGUGACCGUGUCUGUGCUGUCUCUGGUGUUCAUCGCUCUGGAAAGACAUCAGCUCAUCAUUAACCCCUCUGGGUGGAAACCGAGCAUCCCUCAGGCCUACAUGGUGGUCUGUCUCAUUUGGAUUCUGGCCUGCUUCACCUCUUCACCUUUCUUGGCCUUUCAGCUACUCACAAGUGAGCCAUAUACCAAUGUACUUCUGCCCCAGGUUUACCUCAAUGUAUCUCCACCUCAGCCUGUUUCCUACACAUACAAAAACUUGUCUGCGCUUCCAAAUUCAUACCGCACCCUCUUUUCUUACGUCCCCACCUCUCCACAUCUGGAGGCCUGUCUGGAGCACUGGCCCUCCCAGCAGCACAGGCUCGCUUACACCACAUGGCUCCUACUGUUCCAGUACUGCGGUCCACUAAUGUUGGUGCUGCUCUGUUAUGUCAGAGUUUUUGUGCGCCUGCGCCACCGCAAAGACAUGCUGGACCGCGCCAGGGCCCCAGAGAGCCAGUGCAUGACCCACAGCCGCCGAAUCAACAUCAUGCUGGUCGCCCUCAUCACAGCCUUUGCUCUCUGCUGGCUGCCACUCACCAUCUUCAAUGUGGUGUCAGACUGGAACCAGGAGGCUCUGCCCAUCUGCCACCACAACCUGCUGUUCUCCCUCUGCCACCUGCUGGCCAUGUCCUCCACCUGCAUCAACCCCAUCAUCUACGGCUUCCUUAACUCCAACUUUCGGCAGGAAGUGAGGGAGGUGCUCCUGCACUGUCGCUGCAGCCCACUAGAGGAGGAGUGUGAGCGCUUCCCUAUGUCCACUGUGCACAUGGAAGUGUCCCGCACCUCUGUGCCUCUCAACUGCAGGAGCAACUCUGUCUGA